UUUCACUGAGCGGGGGGAAAUGUGCUAAUGAUAAAACACUGAAUGAUGUCAGUAAAAAUGGGAAAAAAGAAAAGAAAAUACAAAGAAAGCGCCUAAAUACGAUUUUUCACAGGUAAAUCAACAUCAUAAUUCCUUUCAACCCUGCUGAUACCAUACUUUUUAGGGAAAUAUUUUUUAUAUUCUUUUAUUUUUUUAUGACAUGAGUUACAUAAUUUAGAAUUUUAUCUGUAUUCCUCAUAAAAACACAUUUCCUGGCAUGUAGUAUUUUGUAAUCUAAUAGCUCAUGCAUACACUCCUGGCCCGAGGCCAACAGCCCCUCGCUCAUUGCGAGAGGGCAGCAGCAUCGAGUCUUCGGCCAGACUGGCGGUGUGUUUGAGCCUGGCAGUGACUAAUGGUGCAGGGUCUAUGAUAGUCUUGGAUUCAGAGUCGACAUCACAUCUCCUCUCUGCUUUCACGGAUACUCACUGAGAACUCUGACAGCUGAGUAUUUGUCUGAUCCCUCAGAGAUGCUGCAGGAGAAGCUUUCAGCUGUGACGGAUCCAGUCCGGGUCCAGUCCGGUGGGGAGACGGAUCUCCUUCCAGACCAGUCCCGACUGGGCCUCUCCACAGCUCCCAGCAUUCCCAGCUCCAGUGAGCCCGACCAGAACAUUGAGAACAUUAAGGUUGCUCUUCAUGAGAGGGAGCUGUGGAAGAAGUUCCAUGAGGCCGGCACAGAGAUGAUCAUUACCAAAGCAGGCAGGAGGAUGUUCCCCAGCUACAAGGUUAAAGUAACUGGGAUGAACCCCAAAACCAAAUACAUCCUACUGAUUGACAUUGUCCCAGCUGAUGACCAUCGCUACAAGUUCUGUGAGAACAAGUGGAUGGUGGCUGGCAAAGCCGAGCCAGCAAUGCCAGGCAGACUCUAUGUGCACCCUGAUUCCCCCGCCACAGGAGCUCACUGGAUGAGGCAACUGGUGUCGUUUCAGAAGCUCAAGCUAACAAACAAUCACCUGGACCCUUUUGGGCAUAUCAUCCUGAACUCUAUGCACAAGUACCAGCCCAGACUACACAUCGUCAAAGCCGAUGAAAACAACGCCUUUGGAUCCAAGAACACCGCCUACUGUACUCAUGCCUUUCACGAGACAGCCUUCAUCUCUGUAACCUCUUAUCAAAACCACAAGAUCACUCAGCUAAAGAUAGAAAACAAUCCAUUUGCCAAAGGAUUCCGGGGUAGUGAAGAAGGAGAUCUACGCGUUUCAAGACUACAGGGGAAAGAUUAUCCAGUGAUUUCAAAGAACAUGGUUCGCCAGAGGCUCAUCUCCUCGCACAGCCACCUAGCAGGGAAGCUCGGAGCAGGAGUUCUCACAGGGCACCCUCAAGUCCUGUCCUCUUAUCAGUAUGAGACUGGGGUUCCUCUGUCAAACUCAGACCCCCAAGAUCCUAUCUCAAACCACUUUCCUCAGAGCAGAGAUCCCAGCCUUCUGUACCACUGCUUCAAACACAGAGAUACUACCCGACACCUAGAGCUUGGAUGUAAGCGGCCAUAUCUGGAGUCAUCAUCUGUGGUCUCAGAGGAGCAUUACCUUCGUUCAGCUACAUCUUAUGAGUCGCCCCUGAUGUCUCAUCCGUACUGCACUGAGGCAAUCACCUCUAGAGAAGCUUGUAUGUACGGUAGUAUUGAGACAGAGUCUGGAUCAGGGAUCGGGGACACAGAUGACCUGACCAACUCCUCUUCAAUAAAUUGCAACAUGUGGGCUACAAUGCAGCCCUACCCUCGCUAUAGCGUGGAGGCUGUCCCAUACCAGCCUUUCACUGCUCACUUCACCAACGCUGCCACGGUCACACAGGUUGUACCGCACCCCACAUCCUCCAUGGCGUCUCGACCACAGGCUGACGUGGGAGUCUACAACUCAGCUCCGGUUCAGCGAGGUCUGCCCAUUAUACCUCCUUCAUCCUCCUCUUCAUCCUGCUCUCCAGCUGUUUCUGGAUCCAGAGAAAGGUCAGGCCAUCCACCUCUGUACCACAAGAAACCAGGGUCCCCACUCCGGCCUCACAGAGAUUUCUCAGCCUAUUCCACACAAGGCACUAUAUCUAUCCGGGACCCAUCCUAUCAGUACCAAGUGGGGCUGAGUAGCGCUGGGACUCACUGGACUGACGGCUAACAUGGACCACUAGACUAGAGGAACCAGUUUUGUCCAAUGUACAAGUUAAUAAAGGUUCAACACCCCACUGUGGGCUGCUGGUGCCAAGCAGUGAUAAUGAACCACAGCCAUGCUCAUUGCCAAAGCCAUUCUUAUCCCUGAAGCACUGUGGCCACCCUCUUUACUUCUGCAUAUUGUAGCAAAUGUGUAGAUCAGGUGGUUUUUCAACACUCCAGUGCAGCAGUUCAAAGUCUGACAGUGACUUGUAACAACAACUAUCCAAGAAGUGUUCGCUACCUAACCUGAAGUCAAAAUUAGGAUCAUUUUUCAGACUAUACUAUAGAUGAGAAAAAAUCAACAAUUUGUGUGCUUGCCCUGGAAUAGAAUGAGAGGCCUAGAUGUGUGUACAUCUAACUGAGCACUGAUGAAACAGUUCUUGUAGAGCGCCACCUAGCUACAGCAUGCUGAAUGAAUAAGGAUGCUGUUAUUCUAUGUUUUUCUUUUUGUCCAACAAAUCCAAUGAGAAGUCCAGGGUGGGCUAAGCACAGCAUAUGAGUGCAGUACAGCCAUCAGCUAGCCACAGGCCCACUCCCUGCUAUGCAGCGCUUGGUACUUCCAUUGUGGGGGAGGAUGAGAUCAGAGCCUCAACGACAAAUAAGCAAAUAUCAACACACUAUGUAUUCUUCAUCUGUGCAUCAGUGUUGCUUAUUGAUAUGAAAGAUCAAUACAUUGGUGGUUUGGGUAUUUUCAUGGAUUUUGUUGACAAUAAGAAAAAGAUACGCCACCAGCCUUGUGAAGUAGGCGGAGCUCUGGGUUGAUGUCCAAAAUGAGAUGUGCUAAUCCUUAAUGUAUAAGGUAAAUGUGCAUUGAGUCCAAGUGGAUUGAUCAUAUCAGAAUAUAACAGACAGAAAAGUGCAUACACUAAGAAUCUGAUAAUGAAGCAAUUUUAUAUAAUGUGUGUUUGUUAAAUGCAAAAUUAAGCUUGCAAUAGUGUUUUUCUUUUUCCAUAUCAAAUUUACAUACUUUAAAACUUUUGUCAGUUCAAAGUUAAAUGAGUCUUUGAGUAAGAAAAGCAAGUUGAAGAUGCACUAAAAGAACGUCCAUCAUGAGAGUUGUUAGUGUAAAGGUCUCAUUCAUGUACCUUGUACAGGUCUAUGCUAGUUGCGUGAUACUUAUGACUAAGCCAUACUCCUUGUGGUUGUUUGUCAAGGGUCCAAACUCAUGACUCCAAACUAUAUUUUAGGGAAACGGGACAGCAACCAGAUGAAGGCUUAAAGAAUCGUUGUUAAGCCAUGGUGAGUACUGGAAAAGAGAACUGCACACAAAUUCCACUCCCAAAGGAGUUACUUGGAAAGAAAUCCUGUAAGGCUGCAAGAAAAAAACAGCUUGAGUCGGCAGGAAAGCUGAAAGAAAAGGCUCUGUGUAGCGUUGCAUUAGGUAGAGCUACAACUUGCAUUGCCAGGGAUAGAGAACCUGUAUGAUAUGAUGGUGAUCCCUUGUGCAUUGCCCCUUUAUUUCACGUUUCAUUCUAAUAUUUCUGAUUAUAUUGACAUUUUUGCACACCUGAUGAAUAAACAUUUUCAUAC